GCGACCCAUUGGAAGGGCAAGUGCAUAGACUUGAGCAAGGCUUACAAGGAAUUGGCGGUGUAUCCUCAGCAUCGUCCUUUGGCGGUCAUUGCAGUGCGAGGGGCAGAUGGGCGAGAUGCGCUUUACCUGUCCAACAGCUUGAUGUUUGGGAGCACAGCAGCGGUUUAUGCGUUUAAUCGCAUAAGCCGCUGCAUUUGGUUCUUGAUCAACCGUCUGCUGUGGAUACCUGCAGGGGUCUUUCAUGAUGACUUUCCUCUUCUGAGUCCUGCAGAAAGUUCUGACAAUGCCGAUGCAGUUGUCAGUGCAUUUUUGGAUGAGUUGGGAUGGCUCCAUGCGAAAACAGGGGCAAAGGGUAAACCCUUUGCCGAGGAGUUCGAUGUUCUUGGAAUGUCGUUGCAACUCUCGAGUUUUGGUCAGGGCAAAGUUGUUUUGGCCAACAAGCAAGGGCGGAUUGAAAGGAUCAUAGAGCGCAUGCAAGAGAUUGCGGCCAAGGGCGAGAUUCGACGACACGAAGCGCAGGUCCUGCAAGGCUUGCUUCAGUAUGCAUCUGGCUUUUACUCGGGGCGAGCUUUGAAACACGCUUCGCAUGUUUUGGCCAAGAUCUCCAGUGGUUUACAUUUUGGGCCCAAAGACCUCAGUGACUUUUGUCUGCAUACGGUAAGCCUUCUUCGUGAUGAAUCACCGCGCAUCUUGAGCAGCUCAAUGAUUACGGACGUCGUGCAUCUGUGGACAGAUGGAGCUUGGGAGUCUGGUAUCGCAGGUGUGGGAGUAGCUGUUCACGACUGCUUUGCAGGCACGGGCUGGGUCUAUGAGGGCCGAGUGCCCGCUAAGGUCCUCGACAAGUGGAAAACUGAAGUGGGCGAGCAGCUAAUUUGUGAGAUUGAGAUGUUUGCAGUCCUUGCAACGAUGCUUGAGCUCAACACCUUUUUGUCCACCAGACGCGUGAUAUGGUGGAUAGAUAAUGAUGCUACCAGAGCAGUCAUUAUAAAGGGAGCCAGUCGAAGCUGGGCUAUGCAUGAGCUUGCUCGACUGUUUUCUGAACUCGACACUCAAUACCCAUCUAUGUGGUGGGUUUGCCGAGUGCCAUCGUUCUCGAAUCCUGGAGAUGCGCCGUCAAGAGGUCAUGGCAGCGAGGCCAUGACGGCGGUGGGAGCAUCAAAGGUUCAGAAGUUCAGCAUGCUAGAUGAGUUGUCUGAGCGUCUCUGCGCCUUCAAGAGAGCCUCAGUGAUCAGGGGUCACACAUCGGUGCUUCGAGUUCUGCGUGCGGCCUUCCACGGCGUGGGCGACCUGACCGCGGCUGAACGCAAGAACACGGUGCGCUGCACCGGCUGGCCCUUCUACGAGGAGAACCGUCGCGCUGCGGUCUCCCUCGAGCAGAUCGGCGAGUUCGAGAUGGCGAACCUUGGUCUGGUUGAGAUCGUCGUCUACGGCUGGGUGGAAAAGACUUGGCGCGGAACCAGGCGAGUCGGCGAAACCCAGCUCCGACUGCCGCUGCAAGAGGUGAUUGAGGUCAGGAAUCCCGUAGUCGUGUUGCUCCUGCACGAGGGCCACUACUCCCUCGUUUACAACUUCGACGCCUUUGUGAGCCAGCGAAGCUCCCAGAUCAGCGUUCGCUGGCACAAAGGAGACCAUGUGAACUGUUGCCCCAUCUGCCGAGCCAACUUCAAGAGCGAGCUUGCGUUGAAGGCGCACUUCAGGACUGGCGCUUGCCGCUACGACUUCGAGGGCCGGCGAUCUCAGAACGCCUUGCCUUCACCUGAGAACGCGCUGUUGAAGUACGUCUUCAGCGAUGCGGCCCCCGAGCACGCGGCGGUCAAGGGCGUGCAAAACAGAGCGGCCGCUGCAGCCUACGUCGCCGUGGGCUCCUGCGGCUACGAACCCCCCGAGGAGCACAGGCUUUGGAUGGAUCGUGCCCGAGAGGGCGAACCGGAGGACUCGGUGGUGGUCAGGUUUCUGAAGUCCGCUCAGGAUCUGGCGGGGCACUACAUCAACUGGAGCAGGGGAUGGAAAAGCAUUCGGUGGACGCCGGAGCUGCUGAGGCAGCACGAGCAAACCGAAAGGUGCAACCAUGCCGCCCACACUCCCUCCGAGCUCACGAUCUGCCUGCGCAACGGAGGGAAUCACUUCAUCCUCCGAGGACCCCCUCGCUACCUGCUCUUUGUCGACUACGACUUUCCUGAGGAGCUCCACGACAAGAUCGACUGGCCUCCCCCGGCCAGGCUGUCUGUGCGUUCGGGGGACGUCGGCCCCUAUACGAAGGGGGCUGUGAAAAACCGACCGCCUUGCGAAAAGUUGGUACCGUUCCUGGGCAUGCAUGUGGCGGAGGGAAUCCACAGCACUCGCCUGGCCUUCCUCAGGAACCACCUGGGCGCUCGCAUCUGGAGGCUGCGUCGCGCCUGGUCUUUCAUGAAGCACAGGACGCUGCAGCGCUUUAUGGAGAGCGCCUACGAGCGACGGCGAGAACUCAAAGAGGCCGGUCGCUCUCUUGAGCAAAGCUUCGAGAAGCUGAGCAUCAAUUCGAUCUAUGGCAAGACGAUCCAAAACCAAGAAAAAUAUCGCAAUACGAGCCUGUAUUUCGAUGCCGCCAGACUCAGCAGAGCCCAAGCGGGCCGCAGCGUGGCUGACUUUAACGUGGAAGUCAUGGAACGCGACGCCUUCAUGGGCUCGGUCAGCCGGGUGAGGACGUGCGGCGUCCGGCAAGCACUUCAAUCGGAGCCCUCUCCAAGUGGGCUGGGCCGUCCUGGAGCUCUCAAAGCCUCAAAGCUGAAGAUCGCCUGGCAAUACUGGAUGGGAGUGAAGGCGGUGCUGCCGAGAGUUGUCCCCAUCCUGACGGAUACGGACUCCAUGCUGUUGGAAAUCAUCGGCGACUGCGACCCCAGGAAACUCCUCGCGGAAGCUAACCUCACGCUCCCCGUGGAGUUCGACCUGCUCG